GUGACAUCGUUGCAUCCAUCCCUGGCAAUAACAGCAAAGGCAGGCAUACAUGCGGCCUGAAGUUCCAUGGUAAUGUAGAGCUCCAGCCAAUGCUUGUGAAGAUUUGGCUGAACAAAGUCAACUUGCUUUGUGCCCUGGCGGCUGAGAAUCCACAGAACGUAACCACGAUCAUGGAUGCCAACAUCAACGCUGGGCAGAUGAAAUGGGUCGCCAAAAAUGUGGGUGAUCUCACCCCACCUGGCGCGCUUUUCAUGCCCGACUAUGGCAGGGAUGGCAUGGGAGGGCAACUCUUUGGACACACUAACUGCACGGAACCCGUCAAGGCCUAUGCAAAGUGGAUGGCGGUUCGAGGGCAAGACUGCGGAAGGGUCAUGGAGGUAUACGACAGCUUUGUCAAGGACGCAGGCGAUCGAACGCGCACACCCGGCGCCUGCCC